AUGGCAUCAAAGAAAACCAAAGCCCCUCAACCCGAAACAGCCAUUGUUUCAGGACCUCAGCCAAAGGAAGGAGAAUUAGUUUUUGGAGUUGCUCACAUAUUUGCCUCAUUUAACGAUACAUUUAUACAUGUAACUGAUUUAAGUGGAAGAGAAACUCUAGUAAGAAUUACAGGUGGUAUGAAAGUUAAGGCUGAUAGAGAUGAAUCAAGUCCCUACGCCGCUAUGAUGGCAGCACAGGAUGUUGCUGUUCGUCUGAAAGAACUAGGAGUUACAGCUAUUCAUAUCAAAUUAAGAGCCUCUGGGGGAACCAAGUCGAAGACUCCGGGGCCAGGUGCACAAUCAGCCCUAAGAGCAUUAGCCCGUUCUGGAUUAAAAAUAGGAAGAAUAGAAGAUGUGACUCCAAUUCCAACAGAUUCUACCAGGAAAAAAUCUGGAAGAAGAGGAAGACGUUUGUAA